AUGGGCUCCGGCCCGAUACCUCCGACCAUAGGCCCCGAUGCCGUCCCCACCGCCGUGAUUUCACCCGAAGCUGAAGCUCCUUUCCGUGACGAUGUGACGGCUACAGAGGAGACGCCUCUGUUGCGGUCCGGGUCCAGCUCCAGCUCCGGGACAAGCUCCAGCUCCGAGACAUUCGGGGGUGAGGCUAACCUCGCGGAGGCUACCGACACCAACCACCAUCGCAACGGCACCAAAGAUGCGGCCUUCACUCACCGGGUCGGCCCGUCAAGAGCCAUCUGCAUCGCUCUGAGUCUGUGGCUGCUUAUCUUCCUGCAAGCCUCCAGCAUGUCCGGCAUGACCCUGAUCCAGGGCGCCAUUGCCGCGGAGCUGGAAACCUACGACUCCGCCGCCAUGUGGUUUAGCAGCGCCUAUCUCAUCCCCAUGUCGUCUCUCGCCCCCGUCGCCGGUCGCUUGGCCACCAUCUUCCCGCCACGCAACCUCAUCCUCCCAGUCGCCGCACUCCUCUCCGCCGGCAGCUUGCUAUGUGCUUCUGCCGGCUCCUUUGGAUUCUUCGUCGCCGGGCGGGUUGUCGCUGGAGUAGGCGGCGCUGGCGUACUCACGCUGGCUAUUAUCCUCGGGCUUGAGCUGACGAGCGAGCGGACACGCGGUGUAGUUAUGGGAGGUAUCAACGCGGGUUUCACGGCGGGCGUGUCAUUUGGAGCCAUUGUGUACGGCGGGUUGAUGCCGGUCAUCGGAUGGCGGCCGCUGUUCUGGAUUCAGGUCCCUGUCGCCUUGAUUGCAGGCCUUGCCGUCUACCUGAGCCUUCCCAGUGCCGUGGAAUCGGGAACUGCAGACCGGGGUUCCUGGAAACAGAAGCUUGUCCGCAUCGACUACCUUGGAGCAUCCCUUCUUGCUCUCACCAUUGUGCUCUUCCUCUAUGGCCUCGUUGGCGAUAUCCAGCCCUUGCCCAUAUUGCUCUCCGUUGUCAGCCUCCUCCUCUUCCUCACUGUCGAGUAUCGCGUCGCCGCUGAGCCCAUCAUCCCCAUCAAGGUGCUCUCAUCCCGAGGCGUCCUUCUCUCAUGCCUUGCCCAGCUCGGCCUCAUGUCCGCUCGUUGGACCGUUCUGUUCUACGCCCCAGUUUUCAUGCUCGCGGUUCGCGGCGCCGCACCCACGACGGCCGGGUCCAUCCUCAUUCCCACCAACCUGGGCUUCGGUCUCGGCGGUAUCAUCGUUGGCUGGCUGCAUGUUCGCCGCAGCGGUGCUUUCUGGCUCCCGUCGGUCGUCUCUUUGAUCUUCUUCAGUGUCAGCUUGUAUGCCCUCUCGUUGGUUGCCACGCCCGAUCUCCCAGUGGCGCUGUUCAUCGUGGUCGUUCUCGUCAACGGACUGGCGACUGGUGCUGGGCUCAACUACACCCUCGCACACAUCCUUCAUCUCAGCCACAAGGACACGCGGUACAUUACGACAAGCUUGCUAGGCACGUUCCGAGGCUUCGGAGGUAGCUUCGGCACGGCCAUUGGCGGUGGCAUCUUCUACCGGCUAUUGCGCAGCAAUCUGACAUCCGGAUUCCUCGAGCUCGAUGGAGGAAACCUCCGCAAAGGCCGACGAGACCUAAUAUCCAAACUCCUAGGGACGCCGGGGCUAGUCUUCGGCGGAGACCUGGACGACGCCGCGCGGCAUGUUGCAGUUGACGGAUACGCCGGUGCGUCAAGGGGAGUUUGGCAAGCGGCCGCAGCUUUAGGCAUUGUCAUGAUUGCGAUUCAGGCAGCGACAGGAUGGACGGCGCCACAAGAGGAGGGGUGUGAGGAGAUUGAUGAAGAUGAGGCCAGAGCCCUCAUUACUGAGAAUGAGGGCGUGGGCGAGGCUUAG